CCCAGCCCUGGGCCCAGAACAGACACCGGAAAGGUAGAGGCUUCUCAACCGGAGACGAUCGAUGGGGUCUCGCGCUCGCUUCGUCUCCCUCCUCGUCGCCUUCCUCCUCGCGCCCGUCGCCGAGCCGCUCGCCGUCGGCGGCAGGUACCUGACGGAGGACGAGCGUUGGAUGAACCAGCGCCUCGACCACUUCUCCCCCACCGACCACCGUGUAUUCAAGCAGCGCUACUUCGAGUUCCUGGACUACCACCGCGCCCCCGGCGGCCCGGUCUUCUUGCGCAUCUGCGGCGAGUCCGCCUGCGACGGCAUCCCCAACGACUACUCGGCCGUACUCGCCAAGAAGUUUGGCGCCGCGGUGGUGACGCCGGAGCACCGGUACUACGGCAAGAGCUCCCCCUUCGAGCGGCUCACCACCGAGAACCUGAGGUUCCUUUCGUCGAAGCAGGCUCUGUUCGACCUAGCCGUCUUCCGCCAGUACUAUCAGGAAUCCUUGAAUGCUCGGUAUAAUCGAUCCGGGUUUGACAAUCAUUGGUUUGUCUUUGGAGUAUCGUACUCCGGCGCUCUCAGUGCCUGGUUCAGGCUGAAGUUCCCCCAUUUGACAUGCGGGAGCCUUGCGAGCUCAGGAGUGGUUCUCGCUGUGUACAACUUCACUGACUUUGACAAGCAGGUUGGGGAGUCGGCUGGCCCUGAGUGCAAAGCUGCCCUUCAGGAGACAACUAAACUUGUUGAGGAACAGCUUCGGUCCGACAGCCGCUCGGUGAAGGCCUUAUUUGGAGCCCGGACGUUGAAAAAUGAUGACUUCCUCUACCUACUGGCAGAUGCAGCAGCAGAAGCAUUCCAAUAUGGGCAUCCUGACGCCGUGUGCUCUCCUCUAAUAAAUGCAAAGGAGAAUGGGAAAAACUUGGUGGAAACAUAUGCUCGAUUUGUUAAAGAUUUUUACAUUAAAGAAAUGGAGACACCAGUAUUUUCAUAUGAUCAGGACUAUUUGAAGAACACGACUCCCGAUGAUUCUAGUUCUAGACUCUGGUGGUUCCAAGUUUGCAGUGAGCUUGCCUACUUUCAAGUGGCGCCUAAAACUGAUAGUGUUCGUUCUGCAAGGAUCAAUACAAGGUACCAUUUGGACCUAUGUAGAAACGUUUUUGGGGCAGGCGUUUAUCCUGAUGUGUUCAUGACGAACUUAUAUUAUGGAGGCACAAGAAUUGCUGCUUCUAAAAUUGUGUUUACAAACGGUUCUCAAGAUCCAUGGCGUCAUGCCUCCAAGCAGAAGUCAUCGAAAGACAUGCCAUCCUACUUAAUCAAAUGCAGAAAUUGUGGACAUGGCACUGAUUUGAGGGGUUGUCCUCAAAGUCCUUUCAGGAUUCAAGGGGACUCUUCAAACUGCUCAUCCCCGGCAGCUGUGAAUAUAGUAAGAGAGCAGAUUGCCAAGCACAUUGACCUGUGGCUAUCGCAUUGCCAAGAACCAUCAAUGGCAGGGUAUGGAUCUUUAGCUACAUUCUGAUCGAUGCAGUCCAGUUCACUCCAACUUGGAGUGAAUGGAGAUUCGCAGAUCCUGGAGUAAUAUCGUGUUGGACAUCUACGAGUGCUUCGUGCAGAUCAGAGAAUCAGCAGCCACAUUAACCAAGCCAAUCGCCGUGUUGGACGUAUACAACUAAACAAGUACUUACGAUAAAUUGGGCAGAUCACAUAAUCAUUUUCAUCAACUACGCCAAUCGCCGAAAUGCAAGAUGCAGGUCUGUUUGUUUGAAUCAUCAUGAUGGAGUUAUACCUCUACUGUGACUUGAGUUAAACAGGAGACACCAGAUGCAUUCUCUGAUGGUGCUUACGUCUUUACGUCGUGUAAUAAAGGGCGUGCAGUUCUAUGCA